GCAACCAUGGCAGCUGCGAUUCGAUGAGUUGACAACUUUGACUUUGGCUUUUUCUUUCUGUUAUAGCUUUUGACAAGAGCAGUCAUGGCUUCAAAGGUUUCCCGUGAUACGUUGUACGAGAGCGUCAAUGGCGUUUUGGAUUUCUCCAAGAAGAAGAAGCGUGGUUUCUUGGAGACUGUGGAAUUACAAAUCGGUUUGAAGAACUACGAUCCCCAAAAGGAUAAGCGUUUCUCCGGCACCGUCAAAUUGAAGCACAUCCCCCGCCCUAAAAUGAAGGUCUGCGUUUUGGGUGAUCAACAACAUUGCGACGAAGCCAAGGCCAACAACGUCGAAUGCAUGGAUGCCGAAGCUUUGAAGAAGUUGAACAAGAACAAGAAGUUGGUUAAGAAAUUGGCCAAGUCCUAUGAUGCUUUCUUGGCUUCUGAAUCCUUGAUCAAACAAAUUCCCCGUCUCUUGGGUCCCGGUUUAAAUAAGGCCGGUAAAUUCCCUGGUCUCUUGUCUCACCAAGAAUCCAUGAUGGGCAAGAUCGAAGAAGUCAAGUCUACCAUCAAGUUCCAGAUGAAGAAGGUAUUGUGCUUGUCGGUUGCCGUCGGCCAUGUUAACAUGGAACCCGAUGAGUUGGUACAAAACAUCCAUUUGUCCAUUAACUUCUUGGUUUCCUUGUUGAAGAAGAACUGGCAAAACGUUCGCUCUUUGCACAUUAAGUCGUCCAUGGGACCACCACAACGUUUGUACUAAAUCUUCGUUGUAGAAUUUUUUAUUGUGAUUUUUUUUACAUUGAAGACAUCAAAAAUGUAAAAAUAAAGCAAGACUUUAAUUUUAAA